AUGUCUACUGAAGAAUCAAUUUUGCCAAUGAGUACCUAUAAAGAGAAUCCUUCAAACCAGUCAAAUAUGAAUUCAAAAACUGAUGAAGUACAAGUUAAUUCCACAAAUCUAACACAAACUUCACAAACUACCAUUACUCCAGUAACUGCAUCCAACUUUACAACUUCCUCCUCCACUAAUAUUAUUGCUCAACCUACCUUACAGACACAGUCAAAACCCGUAGCUGUUCCUUCGAUCCAACAAAGCGUUCAGCCUAAUAUUAUUCCAGUGCAACUUCCUACUGUUUCUCAACAAAAAUCGGAUCCAGUUACGAUUCAUCCUGCUCCUUUACCAAUCCAACCAGCGCCACUUACUCCCCAACAUGUCAUGCAACAGUCUCCACAGUCUCAACAACAUACUCCUUUGAGGUCUCAUACAUUGUCUGCUACAACAACACCCCAAACAACACCAGGUGGGAAACCACCUGUAGGUAGCGAAGAGUGGCAUCGACAACGUCGCGAAAAUCACAAAGAGGUUGAACGUCGUCGUCGUGACACAAUCAACGCCGGAAUUAACGAAUUGGCAAAAAUUGUGCCUGGAUGUGAAAAAAAUAAAGGUAGCAUUCUUAAUCGAGCAGUUCAAUAUAUUCAACAACUUAAGGAAAACGAAGCUGCUAAUAUCGAAAAAUGGACGUUGGAGAAACUGUUGACUGAUCAAGCCAUUCAGGACUUACAAACGCAGGUGGAUAUGCUCAAGAACGAAAACAGUCGACUUAGAGCGGAACUUGAAGAUUUACAAGGACCGGCGAAGAAAAAACAACGAAAUGAAUGA